AUGGGCUGCUCUUCCAGCGUGAGUGUGAUGCACGACGAUGUGGAAGAUACUGGCGUCGCCCGUGUCGUCUUCACGGACGGCGCUGGACAAGAGUUCGUGCAGCAGUCUGCGCCGUUCAAGGAGGGCCUUCGACGCUUCAACUCCAUGCGAGUCAGCGACAAAGAUGCUUCUGGAAUCAACGUCCCGCUUGCAAGCACCCACAACCACCAUGUGAAGCAGCUCAACAAGUUCCUGGCGGCCAUCGAGCAGAACCCGAGGUUGCUGGAGAAGAGGGUGCUGCCCAGCCAGGUUCCCAAGAACUGCGGCCGGACAGCGGCGCUCCUGAAAGUUGACAAGGAACUCUCGGAGAAGAGCUGGGCGGAGGCUAGCACAGAUGUGUCCAGCCCGGGCAGCAUUGUUUAG